AUGGACUCCAAAAAAGAAAGCAAUGACAUCCCAGACCAAAAUCCGAGACACCAUGACCAAAAGUCAGAGCAGCCGUCAUCUCCCUCUCAUGGGCAACAGGAAAACUUAGUCGACGCCAACACUCUUCCCAAGGAAGAAGCAGUACUCACCACUGCACCCGAUGUCCCUCCACGAAUAACGAGAGACCACCCAGUCCUGCUUCAAGUGAAUCUAGUCACCUCCACAAAAAUGGAGAAAUUAACCAGCCAAUACAAAUACGAAAAAUGGAACUUCAAUGGCUCGGUUCCAGGACCUUUCGUUCGUGCCAGGGUCGGCGAUGUCGUGGAAUUAUCAUUGACAAAUCGCGAUGAGUCCGGCAAUCCCCAUAACAUUGAUUGUCAUGCAUUCUUGGGUCCUGGAGGAGGAUCUGCCUUGACCACGGCCGAAGAAGGACAGACAAAAACCGGGAGGUUCCGUCUCCAAUUCCCGGGGCUUUAUAUCUAUCAUUGUGCCGCGGCUCCCGUGCCCGUCCAUAUUGCCAACGGCAUGUAUGGUCUCAUGUACGUGCAGCCCGCCGAGGGUGACCUUCCAUUGGUGGACCACGAGUACUACGUGAUACAGAGUGAAUUCUACCACGAGCCACCGGAAGUGGAAGAAAAUGGAAGACCCUCGUCAACUGUGGAGUUCUCCUACCCGAAUGCGUUACGCGAAGAGCCAAGUGUGGUUGUAUUCAACGGCCACGAGAGUGCAUUGACAACGGAGAAACCACUCAAAGCCGGUGUUGGAGAGUCUGUUCGCAUCUUUUUCGGUAAUGCAGGACCCAAUUUGACAAGUUCUUUCCAUGUCAUUGGGAGUACCUUCAAGAAGGUGUAUCGGGAUAGUGACGUGCUGAGCCCGCCGGGUCAAUGUGUUCAAACCGUCGGUGUCCCACCGGGGGAUACCACUAUAGUUGACAUGGAAAUGCUCGUACCGGGAACAUACACGCUCGUGGACCAUGCAAUCUUCCGUCUGGAGAAGGGUGCUGUUGGGUACUUGAACGUUUCAGGGGCGCCGCGGCCAGAUAUCUAUGAGGGAACUGAACCACCGGCUCCCUGUGUUGGCUGCAAAUUGCACCCAUGA